AUGACGGAUAGCAUGAAAGAGGAGCUGAGGAAGGCACCUUUUGUUGCGGUCAUGUUGGAUGAAACGACAGACAUUAGCAACGUGGCGCAGAUGUCAUAUGUGCUUCGAUAUGUCACUGACGAUGGGAUAAAAGAGCGUUUCUUCAAGUACGAAGAUGUGACAGAGGACAAACGAGCAGAGGCCAUAGCUACACGGCUGCUGGAGUUCCUGAGGGAGAGUGGCUGUAUUGACAAAGUGGUCGCAGCAGUGCUACGAUGGAGCAGCUGUUAUGGCCUCUGGAUUGAAUGGGCUUCCAAGAUAAGAGAGUGUAAGGUCUUCUUCUCCCACCUCUCUGGCUUGGCCACCUUUUUCAGCCGCUCAGCAAAGCGCACCAAGCUACUGGAUGAUAUUUGCCAGCAUAGGCUUCCACGGGCAGCUCCUACUCGCUGGUGCUUUCAUUCUUGCUUGGUGUGCACAGUGGCAGAUAAGACCAGGGAAUUGAGAGAGGUGUUCGAGCACAUCGUAGACCAUCACACAGAGUUUGAUGACGAAACUGUUCAUUGCUCUGAUGGAUACAUCACCCUCCUUACCAGCUUCGAUUUCAGCUUUUGGUUGAAAACCUUCCACGCUAUCUUCUCCUACUCGGAUGUUGUUUUUGAAAUACUUCAGAACAAAGGUUUUGAUAUGCAGUUCUGCCUGGCCAGAGUGGAUCAGCUACAGCGACAAAUUGAACAGGAGAAGGGGAACUUUGACAGCGUCUACGAUGAAACCCAGGCUUUGGUUGGCCCUCCGCGCGGCCGUGGAGCUCAAGGAGACGUUCGUGCACGGUACAGGGAGCUCCACUGCAGCGUAAUUGACAGCCUGCUAACCCAGAUUUCCAACCGCUUCAGUGACCACAAAAAGCUGGAAUUCCUGGCCCUUCUGGACCCGCAACAGUUCGGGUAUUACUGUAACUAUUUCCCAACUGCUGCCUUGAACAGUUUGAUGGAGAGCUAUGGCGGAUAUUUCGACCAGCCUCGACUGCACACGGAACUCGCCGUGAUGUACGGCAUGUCUGACAUUUUGGGGAAAAGCCCAGCCGACAUUCAUCAGUUUCUCCUCAAAAAAGGACUGAGUGAAAGCAUGAAACAGGUGUACACCCUCUCAUGCAUCAUCCUGACAAUACCUGUGUCCACUGCCUCUGUGGAGAGGUCCUUCUCUGCGCUGAAGCGCAUAAAAAGCUACUCGAGGUCCACGACUGGGCAAGUCCGACUGUCAGACUUGGCCUUAAUUUCGAUCGAGAAGGAAUUGCUGAUUGCUUUAAAAGCAAAGGAUCAGCUGCAUGACGACGCCAUCAAGUUCUUCAUCCAAAAAGACAGGAGGAUGGACUUUGUGUUUAGGUGAUUUGAUCAUCAAAGGUAAGUCAAAGUGAUUUUCAAUGUGGGCCGCCGUGCCGACUUAAUUCAUUUGUAAUUGUUACUUGGCUGUGGGUGUC